AUGGGAGAGUUAUGGGCUCUUCUGCAUUUUAUUAUGCCAACCUUGUUUGACUCCCAUGAAGAAUUCAAUGAAUGGUUUUCAAAAGACAUUGAAAGCCAUGUAGAAAGACAGUCAGGUAUUGAUGAAAAUCAGUUAUCUCGGUUACACAUGAUACUAAAACCAUUUAUGUUACGACGUGUUAAAAAGGAUGUUGAGAAUGAAUUGUCAGAUAAGAUUGAAAUCCUUGUUUACUGCCCAUUGACAACUCGUCAGAGGUUGUUAUACCAAGGAGUUAAGAACAAGAUUUCUAUUGAUGAUUUAUUACACAGUUCAACAGCCAGCUCUUCACAGGCACAAUCUACCACCAGCAGUCUCAUGAAUUUAGUCAUGCAAUUCAGAAAGGUCUGCAACCACCCAGAGUUAUUUGAAAGGAGAGAAGUCCGAUCACCUUUCUAUUUUAAGCUGGAGCCUUACCACAUGCCAAAAUUAAUUUACCGAAGAGGUAUUUUGAAAACAUCAAUGGCUGGAAAGAUAAAAAUUUUAUAUAAUACUUUGUAUAUACAUUGCUGUCAUUACAUUCACCAGUCUCUUCAUAGUGCCCCCUCCGGUUCAUUUGUAUAUAGUCCUUUUUCAUUCCUCCGGUUAACUGACACAAGCCCUCAGGAGUUAGAAAACCAAAUGUGUGGCAGAUUACUUGCCCGAUGGUUAUCUCUAUAUCUCUCUCUGAAAUCUGCCUACAGGAUUUAUGGACAAAUGUAUUGUAAUUCAAUCACAAAGAACAUCAAACGAAAAACCUCAGACCUCUUUAUACUCAGUCCACUGAGAACAUUAUCAUUUGCCAACUUACAAGCAAGUCCAAAUCUUGAAAAGUUGGUGUUUACAAGUUACACAAGUCGAGUGUAUUCACACCUCAGGCAUGUUAUUCAUGGCAUCCCCCAGACAGACGCACAUCGGUUGAUACCAUCAAGGGGUCAACGAUUAAAUAUUAUAAAAAAAUCUCCAAAAAGUCCUACUGUUUCUCCAGUUAAGAAACCAUCAAUAAAUGUGGAUGUUAAUGAUAUUUCUACUCACCUGCCUCGAGUAAGGCGUCCACAUGCCUUCCACUGUCAACCAAGUUUAAUGCCAGCUUUCCUCAGUGAUCUUAUACCAAAGAUACAAGCAAGUUCCCAUGCCUGUACCAGAGCUGGGGGUCUGGGCAUCAACUUAACUGCUGCUGAUACUGUGAUAUUCUAUGACAGUGACUGGAAUCCGACAGUUGAUCAACAAGCCAUGGACAGAGCUCAUCGUCUUGGACAAACCAAACAAGUGACUGUUUACCGCUUAAUAUGCAAAGGAACUAUAGAAGAGCGGAUUUUACAGAGAGCUAAGGAAAAAAGUGAGAUCCAACGAAUGGUGAUCAGUGGAGGAAACUUCCGGCCAGAUACACUGAAACCAAAAGAAGUGGUUUCUUUACUGAUUGAUGAUGUUGAAAUGGAAACGAAACUAAAGCAACGUCAAGAGGAAAAACGUGUCCGUGAGAAAGAAAACAAAGAAAGGAAACGAAAACGAGAAAAAUUAUCUGAAAAGAUAAAAGAUCCCAAGCGAUUAAAGACUGAUGAGAAUGUAACAAUUCCUGCUCCUGACACUGACUCUGUUGCCAGCUUUGAUUCUAUGUCUGUCCCUGCCAGUCCCCAAAGUGAAAUGUCUGUUGGAAGUGAAUUCAAUCACCCUUCAAUGGGUCUUGUAGUGGAUGAUAAUAGUAAUGAUGCUCCUUUGGUUGUAGAUGAUGCUCACACGUCUUUUCCUCCAUUAACACCAGUGCCAACUCCACCAAAAAGAGGAACUGGUCGAAGUCGAGGUCGACCAAAAGGAUCAGGUGUUGGAAAACGACCCAGAGGAAGAGGUACUGCCAAAAAAGCCUUGACAGCUGCUGAAAUAGCAGGGGCUCAAGCUGGAAUGACUGCAGCAUAUGCUGCUUAUGGAUAUAACUUUACAGGUGUUCGUGGACGAGGACUGAGCCAUUCAGCCAUGAGUACACCUACCGGUUCUCCCAAAACUGCAAUAAAAAAUGGAACACCUUAA